UUUUGUUUUUGGGGAUAUUUGGAGGCUUGACUGUUCUCACCUGGAUUUUUGUGGAAAACUGUCUGGAUAAGGAGUCUGUUUCCCAUUGAGUCCGGGGCUCUGUCCCAUCAGUCUAAGGCACCAGAACAAGGUGCCGACCAACAUGUCAACACAAGCACCGACAUUCACGCAGCCGCUGCAGAACGUCGUGGCACUGGAGGGUAGUGCCGCGACGUUCCAGGCUCAAGUUAGUGGUUCUCCAGUUCCUGAGGUGAGCUGGUUUCGUGAUGGCCAGGUUCUUUCCGCUGCUGCUCUGCCCGGCGUUCAGAUCUCAUUCAGCGAUGGCCGCGCUGUUUUGAGGAUCCCCGCUGUGAGCGCUGCCCACAGCGGACGCUAUUCAGUCAGAGCUACCAACGGAGCCGGACAGGCCACCAGCACCGCCGAACUGCUGGUCACAGCGGAGACGGCGCCCCCUACCUUCAUCCAGAGAUUGCAGAGCUCCACUGUGAGGCAGGGCAGCCAGGUAAGGCUGGAUGUCCAAGUGACGGGCAUCCCCACACCUGUGGUCAAGUUUUACCGGGAGGGAGCUGAGAUCCAGAGCUCGGCCGACUUCAGGAUCCUGCAGGAGGGAGACCUGUACAGUCUACUGAUCGCCGAGGCCUUCCCAGAGGAUUCUGGGACGUAUUCUGUCACCGCCACCAACAGCAGCGGUCGGGCCACGUCCACCGCCGAGCUGCUGGUUCAGGGUGAGGCUUGAUCAGAGCCCAUACCUGCCAAGAAAACAAAGACUAUCCGACAGACCAAAGUGGAGAAGAAGAUGGAAGCCACUUUUCAUAUGGAGAUGCAGGUGGCAGGAGUGGAGGCUUCCCAUCUUUUGGCUCAUAAGACUCCGCCCAGAGUUCCUCCCAAACCCACGUCCAAAUCCCCAACUCAGUCUUCUCUAGCCGUCAAAGUCAGCGGACCGCGGCAGCAGUCACCGUCACCGGUCCGACAUGUGAAAGCGCCCACGCCUACAUCCAGGCCAAGCGCUGCCGGUGCCGAUGUCCCACCGCCGUGGAAACGGGGUGAUGUACCCAGUCCUGUGGAGGUCAGCGGGGUCAGAGAGGCCGGGGGAGGCGUGGUUAAAGCCGAGGCGGUGGCCACGGUGGUGGCUGCCGUUGACCUGGCACGGGUCCGAGGGCCAGUGGUGCAUGUUGAAGGGGGCGGAGCCAAAGAGCAGGAGGUGGAGUUAAGGUCAUUUGGAGGCGGGUCGCAGGCUGGAAUCCACAUUCAGAAAACCUCCUCCCAUGUGGACUCUGGUCCUGGUCCAUCUCCACUUCCACAGUUUACAGUUUCUAAAGUUUCUAUCCCAAAGCCUGAUUCUGGUGGCGAGGUUUCCAUUGCCGGCUCGGCGUUCGCCACUCUGCAUAAAGAGUUAUCGUCCUCCGCCGCUGCCGCUCGGAUGAUCAUCAAACCCGUCAAGUCUCCGAGUCCGGCUCGUUCGGCGGCGGAGGUGCGACGGACCCCGGAGCCGGUGCUGCCACCGUUCAGAGACUCUGUGGACAAAUAUCAGAGUCCAUAUAAGUUACAGAUGGGCUGGGGAGUCCAGGUCCAGGGGCUGGAAGCAGCUGCUGUUGCCAGUGGAGACGGCGUGGUCCCGCCCACUCUGCUGUCGGGUUUGAAGAACACUAAUGUGACCGAGGGUGACUCCGUGACCUUGGAGUGCCAGAUCAGCGCUCAUCCCGCCCCCGUCAUCAUGUGGUUCAGAGAGGACUACAAGAUCGAGAGCUCCAUCGACUUCCAGAUCAUCUAUGAGAGUGGAUUUGCCCGCCUGGUGAUCCGCGAGGCAUUUGCUGAAGACAGCGGACGCUUCACCUGCACAGCCACUAAUGAAGCUGGAACCAUCAGCACCUCCUGUUUCCUGCUGGUUCAGGUGUCUGAGGACAUCGAGAGCAGAGAGGAGGCCAUUCCUGAACAAACUGAAACUGCUCCAGUGCCUGAAGAAGAGACUUUGAGUGAGGCUGACAUGGCUGCCGCUGCCGCCCCCUUCUUCAUCAAGACACCGAGCGUCCAGAAGCUGGUGGAAGGAGGAAGUGUAGUGUUUGACUGUCAGGUUGGAGGAAGCCCCAAACCUCACAUCAUCUGGAAGAAGGGCGGAGUACCGCUCACCACCGGAUACAGAUAUAAAGUGGCCUAUAAGAAGGAGACUGGAGAGGCCAAGCUGGAGAUCUCCAUGACCUUCGCUGACGAUGCUGGAGAAUACUCUGUGUUUGCUAAAAACCAGCUGGGAGAGGUGUCAGCUUCCACCAGCCUCUUGGAGGAAGAGGAAUAUGACGCCUACAUGAAGAAACAGGAAGCUGCCUUAAAGCCAGAAGUGACCCCUGGUGUUCAGGAGCCCACAGUGGGAGAUGUCGUCCCACCGGUGGAUCCGGCCACCACUGUUAUCUCUGGGCAGGAGUUCCACCUUUCUGCCAUUGAGCUGAGGGUCAUCCAGGAGAUUGAGCUCCGCAUCAUGAAGACAACUUACAGAGAGUUAGUAACACAGGACAGUGAGCUGAUGGUGACCACCACUGAGGCUGAAGCUGUGCAGUCAUCAUUUGAAACUCCAGUGAAAAACUACAGAAUCAGAGAAGGAAUGGGUGUCACCUUCCACUGCAAGAUGGCCGGCACGCCCCUCCCCAAGAUUGCUUGGUACAAAGAUGGACAGCGUAUCAGAGCUGGAGAUCGCUACCAGAUGGAGGUUCUUCAGGACGGUCGUGCCAGCCUUCGCCUGCCCGCUCUUCGCCCGGAGGAUGAGGGUAUCUACAGUGCCUUUGCCUCCAACAUGAAGGGAAAUGCCAUCUGCUCCGGAAAACUGUACGUGGAACCGUCUGGAGCUGUGACACCUCAGAGAUAUACACCACAGCCUGCAGUGCAGAGGAUCAGGUCCACAUCCCCUCGCUCCCUGAGCCGAUCACCUGGUCGUUCUCCGAGCCGUUCACCUGGACGUUCUCCUGCUCGGCGUCUGGACGAGACAGACGAAGCUCAACUGGAAAGACUCUACAAACCUGUGUUCGUCAUGAAACCUUCAUCAUGUAAAUGCUCAGAGGGACAAACCGCCAGGUUUGACCUGAAGGUCGUCGGCAGACCAAUGCCUGAAACAUACUGGUUCCACAAUGGACAACAAGUGGUUAGUGACUACACCCAUAAGAUUGUAGUUAAAGAGGAUGGGACUCAAUCACUGAUCAUCGCCCCAGCGAUGCCUCAUGACUCUGGAGAGUGGACUGUGGUUGCUCAGAACCGAGCCGGACGGGCAUCAUUGUCCGUCACUCUGACUGUUGAUGCUAAAGAGACAUUGGUUCGUCCUCAGUUCACAGAGAAGCUGAAGAACAUCAGUGUUAAACAGGGCACGCUGGUGGAACUGGCUGUCAAAGCCAUGGGAAACCCCCUGCCUGACAUCGUCUGGUUGAAAAACAGCGAUAUCAUCACACCGCACAAGCACCCAAAUGUCAAGAUUGAAGGAACCAGGGGAGAGGCCAAAUUCCAGAUUCCCUCAGCUGUUGGCUCUGACAGCGCCUGGUACACCGCCACCGCCAUCAACAAGGCUGGGAGAGACACCACCCGCUGCAGAGUCAAUGUGGAGGUGGAGUAUGCUGAACCUGAACCAGAGAGGAAGCUCAUUAUCCCCAAAGGAACCUACAAAGCCAAGGAGAUUGCCCCUCCAGAGGUGGAGCCUCUUCACCUGCGUUAUGGACAGGAUCAAUGGGAGGAGGGCGACCUGUAUGACAAAGAGAAGCAGCAGAAACCACAGUUCAAGAAGAAGCUCACCUCUGUCCGGAUGAAGCGCUUUGGUCCUGCUCACUUUGAGUGCAGACUGACGCCCAUUGGAGAUCCCACCAUGGUGGUGGAGUGGCUUCACGACGGCAAACCUUUGGCAGCUGCCAACAGGCUGCGGAUGGUCAAUGAGUUUGGAUACUGCAGCCUUGACUACGAAGUUGCUUACGCCAGAGACAGUGGAGUCAUCACCUGCAGAGCUAGCAACAAGUAUGGAGUUGACCAGACCUCGGCUACUCUGAUUGUUAAGGAUGAGAAGGGUCUGGUGGAGGAAACUCAGCUUCCUGAAGGUAGGAAGGGAGCUCGGAUUGAUGAGAUGGAACGUAUGGCUCAUGAAGGAGGACCUGCAGGAGUCACUGCUGAGGAACAGACUGAGAAAAUGAAACCAGAAAUUGUUCUUCUACCUGAACCAGUCAGGGUUAUGGAGGGUGACACAGCUCGUUUCCGCUGCAGAGUGACUGGGUAUCCAGCUCCCAAAGUUGACUGGUACCUAAAUGGACAACUGAUCCGCAAAAGUAAGAGAUACCGACUCCGAUAUGACGGCAUUUAUUACUUGGAGAUCACUGAAGUCAAAUCCUAUGACUCUGGAGACGUCAGAGUGGUGGCAGACAACAGCCUAGGUUCAGUUGAGCACACAGUGAAGCUGGAGAUCCAACAGAAGGAAGACUUCAGGACUCAUCUCCGCCGUGCUGAGGCCAAAGGAGCUGAAGCUGCACCUGAGCCAGGAAAAAUGCCAUUCGAGGUGGUGAAGGUGGAGCAACCUGCAGAGGAUUCUCAACUGAAGCAGAUGAUCAAACUAAAGAAGACCCAGAGGGUCGUCCAUGAGAAAGCCACAGAGGAGUCCGCAGAGCUGAGGAGCAAGUUCAAACGGAGGACUGAGGAGGGCUACUACGAGUCCAUCACUGCCGUAGAACUCAAAUCUCGCAAGAGGGAUGACUCCUACGAAGAUCUGCUGAAGAAGGCAAAGGAGGACCUGCUUCAUCGUGCCAAAGAGAAGGAGGAGGCUGACAAGAAGGAGGAGGAGGAGCGUCGUAAACUUACCGCAAAAGCUGUCAAACCAGAGCGAAUCAAGCUCUCACCCAGCAUGGAGGCACCUAAGAUCCUGGAGCGGAUCACCAGUCAGACGGUCCCACAGGGUGAUGAGGUCAAAUUCAGAGUCCGCGUUGUGGGCAGACCAGACCCUGAGUGCCAAUGGUUCAAGAACGGUGUCCAGCUGGAGAAGUCAGACCGGAUUAACUGGUAUUGGCCUGAGGAUCAUGUCUGUGAACUGGUGAUCAGAGAUGUCAGAGCAGAAGACUCUGCUAGUAUCAUGGUUAAAGCCAUCAGCAAAGCUGGAGAGACAUCCAGCCAUGCCUUCCUCCUAGUGCAAGCCAAACAAGUCAUCACCUUCACACAGCAGCUGACUGACGUCAAUGCCAAAGAGAAGGAUACCAUGGCUACGUUUGAGUGUGAAACCAACGAGCCUUUUGUGAAAGUCAAAUGGCUGAAAAAUGAUGAGGAGAUUUUCUCUGGAGACAAAUACAGGAUGCACUCAGACAGGAAGGUCCACUUCCUGUCUGUGCUGAUCAUUGGCAUGAAGGACGAUGCAGAUUUCACCUGUGUAGUCAUAGAUGAUGACCAUGUGAGGACGACAGCAAAGCUCAAUGUUGAAGGAGCUCCUCUAGAGAUGCUGAAACAGCUGGAGAGCACUGAGGUCCCUGAGACAUACACAGCAGAAUUUGAGUGUGUGGUGUCUAGGGAGGAUGCUGAAGGCAGCUGGUUUUUUGGAGAGAAACCUCUUUCUCCCAGCAGUAAAUAUGUCAUGACGUCCCGUCGUGGAAGACACAGCCUGUCUGUGAAAGAUGUGAAGAAGGAGGAUCAGGGAAAAUACAUGUUCAAAGUGGGCGAAUUCAAGACGAGCGCAUCACUCAAGAUGAAACUGCGACCUGUGACCCUGAUGCAGCCUCUGGUAGACCUGACAGUCUGUGAGGGCGACAUCGCUCAGAUGGAGGUGAAGUUCUCUCAGGAGAAUGUUGAGGGAACCUGGAUGAAGAACGGACAGCCCAUCACCGCCUCUGGCCGUGUGCACAUUGUCAUCGACAAACAGGUUCACAAGCUGUUGAUCGAAGAUACUGUUAAGGAUGACUUCGGCACCUACUCCUUUGUGGUUCCAGAUCAGGAGAUCUCAACCUCAGCAAAGCUUGCUGUCCAGACGAUUCGUGUCCAGAUCCCACUUAAGGAUACCAGCGCUGUUGAAGGAACCAAGGCCGUCCUGGAGGCAAAGAUCUCUGCUCAGGAUGUCAGCUCCGUCAAAUGGUUUCAUAAUGACAAACAGCUGACGGCCAGUGACAGAGUCCAAAUGGUGGCAAAGGGAGCCAAGCAGCGUCUGGUCUUCAACAGAACCUUCGCCUCUGAUGAGGGACAAUACAAACUGGUGGUGGGCCGAGCUGACACCAGCUGCAAACUCUCUGUGCAGACUGUCCAGAUCAUGACCCCAAUGAAGAACAUGGAAUGUUCUGAGUCAGAGAACGUCACCUUCGAAGUGGAGGUUUCUCACCCAGGCAUUGAUGCCUUCUGGACCUUUAAGAGGCAGCCGCUCAAAGCCGGCACCAAAUACAAGAUGGAGUCCAAGAACAAACGCCACACUCUGACAGUUUUGAACGCCAUGAAGGACGAGGAGGGCGAGUACAUGUUCGCCGCUGGUGAAAAGAUGAGCACCGCUACGCUCACUGUGUCAGGUGGCGCUAUUAAGAGGCCUCUGCGGGACAUGGUGGUGGCUGACUCGCAGACCACAGUGUUGGAGUGUGAAGUGGCUAAUCCCGCCUCUGAAGGCAAAUGGCUGAAAGACGGCCAGCCGGUCGACUACAGCGAGAAUGUGGUGAGCGAAGUCGAUGGCGCCAUCAGACGCCUCGUCAUUGCCAUUACCAAAGCCACUGACAUCGGAGAGUACACCUACCAGGUCGCCAGCUCCAAGACCUCUGCCUUGCUCAAAGUGGAGGCUGUGAAGAUCAAGAAGACUCUGAAGAACCUGAACGUGGUCCAGACUCAGGAGGCGGUGUUCAGCCUGGAGCUGACCCACGAGGACGUGAGGGGGGCCCAGUGGAUCAAGAACGGCGUUGAGAUCCAGCCCAGCGACAGAUGUGAGAUCACAGUGGAAGGCACUGUCCACACCCUGAGGAUCCUGAACUGCACUGCCCAGGAUGAGUCUGUUUACUCCUUCAAACUGGGAAAACUGUCUGCAAAUGCCAGACUCAACGUGGAGACCAUUAAGAUCCUGAAGAAGCCGAAGGAUGUGACAUCACUGUUGGGAGGAACCGCGGUGUUUGAGGUGGGAAUCUCUGAGGACAAUGUUCCCGUCAAGUGGAUGUUCAAGAACACAGAGCUGAAGCCCAAUGAGCAUUACAGGCUGGUCUCUGACAAGAAGACACACAAAUUGAUGGUCCAGGACAUCGACAGCAGCACCGAGGGGGAGUACACGGCAGUGGUGGGGCACCUGCACUGCAGCGCCCGCCUCAGUGUCGAGUCUCUCCGUGUGACAAAGCCUCUGAAGAACGUGGAGGUCCCAGAGACCCAGGUAGCCUUGUUCCAGUGUGAAGUGUCUCACAUGAACGUGGCCGCCACCUGGUGGAGGAACGGAGUUGAGGUGGAGAUGAGCGAGAAGUUCAGAGUGGAGGUUCAGGGGAAAGUCCACCAGCUGAAGAUCAUGAACUGCAGCAGAGAUGACUCUGGAGAAUAUUCAUUCAUCUGUGGCAGCGACCGAGUGUCAGCAACGCUUACCGUUAAACCUAUUGUCAUCACCACAAUGCUUCAGGACAUCAACGCUCAGGCCAAAGACUCCGUCACCUUUGAGGUCAACGUGAAUUGUGAGGGUGUGGCCUACAAAUGGCUGAAGAAUGGCGUGGAGAUCCGAUCCACUGACCGAUGCCAGGCUCGAUGCCGACAGUUCAACCACACUCUGAGCAUCCGCAACGUCCACUUUGGAGACAAUGCAGAAUACACCUUUAUGGCCGGAUCUGCCAUCAGCUCAGCCAAGCUCUACGUAGAGGCUCGUGUGGUGGAAUUCACCAAACACCUGAAGGACCUGAAGAUCACUGAGAAGAAGAGGGCCACCUUUGAAUGUGAGGUGUCAGAGCCCAACAUCCAGGUGAUGUGGAUGAAGGACGGUCAGGAGUUGGAGAUGUCUGACAGGUACAAGAUGAGCUCUGAUAAGUUCGUCCACCGCCUGGUUCUGCCGUCCGUCCGUUUGUCUGAUGCUGGGGAGUACACGGCCGUGGCCGGUUCCAGUAUGUCCAAGGGAAACCUGGGAGUCGAAGGACGAGAUGUGAGGAUCUCUGAACCUGCCAGCAGAGAUGUCACAGUUGUUGAGAAACAGAGGUCAACGUUUGAGUUUGAGGUGAAUGAGGAUGAUGUGGAUGGGCGUUGGAUGAGGAACGGAGUGGAGAUCCAGUUCCAGGUGGACGAGAGGUUCAGCUACGUCACCAUCAGGAAGCUGCACCGUCUCACCAUCUCCGAGACAUUCAGGAGCGACGCCGGAGAGUAUACCUUCUAUGCCGGAAGAAACCGGAGCAGCAUGAACCUGCAUGUCCGACUCCCAGAGCCUCCUCAGAUUGUUCGCCACAUGCAGCCGGUGACCGUGACGUCUGGGAAGUCAGUGCGCAUGUCGGCGGCGGUCAGCGGCCUCCCUGCGCCUCAGGUUACAUGGUACAGAGACUCUGAGGCCCUGUCCGUCAGCAACAAGGUCAAGUUCCUCCAUGACGGAGAUGAGCACACACUGCUACUACUCGAGGUUUUCCCCGAGGACUCCGCUACCUACAGCUGUGAGGCCCGCAACGAUUAUGGAGAUGCCACUAGCUCUGCCCAGCUUAGUGUCCAAGUUUCAGCAGUGGCAGAAGCUGUGGCUCGUGUCCCUCCUCCAGUCAUCCUGGUCCCCAUCAGGGAUGUCCUGGUGGCUGAAGGUCAACCUGCCCGGUUUGAAUGCACCGUCUCUGGGGAAGACCUGCAGGUUUCUUGGUUCUGUAAUGACAGAGAACUCAGACAGUCAAACAUCUUCCGAAUGUCUCAUGUUGGACAAACAUGUCAGUUGGACAUUUCCAGAGUCCUCUUGGAUCAUGAAGGAGAGUAUUCAUGUGUGGCCUCCAACUCAGCAGGAACGGUCACAUGUGGGGCGUCGCUCAACAUCGACGGUGAGUUCAACAGCAUCACGUAAAGUAAACCGGUCCAGACCGUUGAGGUCCAGAUGGAGACCUUUAGCUCCACCUUCACAGUGGAAGAGGAAACCCAGCAGUCGUACUACACUGGCCUAAAGUUACCAGACAAAACCAGAACUCUUGAACUCAAACCAGAGUCCAAACGCUUUUCCAGCACUUUGGAGAGGAAAAAAGAAAAACCAGUUUUCCUUAGUGAGCUCUGUCCGGCAGCGGUGGCUCUUGGAGAAACCGCUACAUUUACCGUCCGAGUAUCCGGUUUCCCAAGACCGACCAUUCAGUGGUUCCACAACGGACAGAGUUUAACCAGCUCGUCUGCGUACACCUUUAUUCAUGAGCAAGAUGAGUAUAGUCUAGUCAUUAACAAAGUCCAGAGGGAGUUCGAAGGCCAGUAUUCAUGCACUGUUAGCAACAGGUUUGGUCAGUCCACUUGCACUUCUUAUCUCCAUGUUCAGAUAAAAGAUCCAGAACAAAAAGUGGAAGGCAGAACAUUUGUACCGGCCGGUAAAGCUCCAGAUUUUACUCAACCCAUUGAGUGUGCUCAGCUUUCUGAGGGAGGUCAGGCUUUCUUCAGGUAUGUUGUGACUGGAGAUCCUCUACCUCAGAUUCAGUGGCUCAAAGGCAGCUUCCACAUCGAGCCCAGUGGAUUCUGUAUCAUGGUGAACAACCCAGAUGGGUCUGGCUUUAUUCACUUUAAGAGUGUCAAACAGCAGGACAGCGGCGUGUACACCUGUAAGGCCUCCAACCCAUUUGGAGAAGCCUCAUGUUCUGCAGAGCUGCUAGUCUUCAAGGAGUUAGUUCAGAAAACUAAAGGUUUGAAAAUAUCAAUGACAGAACAAACUACUGAGUCCAGAUUAUACCAGGAGAGAAUGAGGUCCGAUCAGAUGAUUUAUACCAUUAGCACAGACGACCGGCAGAUUAUUCCCAGUGAGGAGGUCAGGUCUCUACAAGAACUCGAUAUCUCGGCUGCUACACUUCAGCGAGAACAGCUGCACCGCCAGGCCGCUGUUCUGCAGUCCCAUGACCUUCAGGAGAGGGUUUCCAUUGCUGCUGGUCAUCCUGCUCAGGUUUCAGCUGUUCCUAUGAAACAGCUUCACAUGGCCACUUUCUUAUCCUCGGUCCAGGAGAGGCAGAAGAUAACGGAGCAGCAUUCAGAUCGCAUUCUGAGCCCGGAGCUCGUCGAGGUCAGUUUUGCCAAAGAGCAGCCGUCCAAGCUGAUGUCAGCUACCUCUGAAGAGCUCCUCCCACUCAGCACUGUGAGAGCUGAAGUCCUGACAGGUUUAACCCCAGAGGUCAUGAAGACCACAACUGAGCCUCAGCAGCUCCUGAGUGGCCCACAAGUCCAAUCUGCUCGGUCAGUCACUGAUGAGAUCUCAAGCAUCAUCCACCGGCCAGAAGAGGAGAAGAGUUUUAGAGUCACAGAGGGCAUGAAGAUUUUAUACUCGGCUCAGUCUGCAGGUCAGCUUCCAGUUACUGAAGGACACUCUGAGCCACUGCGGGAUUUAGAUGCUGCCAUUAAACUAAUGAUUGAAAAAGAGCAGCCCAGGCCAACUGUAGCACCUGUUAACGAGACUAAACUGACUUUAUGCAAAGAAAACAACUUGGAAAUGCACAGACCAGCAGAGGAAAAUAUCUUCCCGAUAAAAGACAUGCACCUGAAGUCUGUUGUAACUGCUGAGGAGCAGUACAAUCUCCAGGCUGAACAGACUGGACAUGUGCCUAGUUUAGAGUCAGCCAUGAAUCUACAGAGUCAACGGGAAGGAGAAAGACUCCUGAACCUUCAGGUCAUCGGCGACCAGGAGGUUUUAGAAUCUGAGGGUCAAUUCAGCAGUGAAAGGCCAUCAGCAGAGCAGGCAGAGGCGAGGAAGAGUCCGACUUUGUUGCAUUCUGUGACACAAGAACAGCUGAGAACAGUGGUAUGUGAGGCCAUUUCUGAGUUCUCAACAAAGACUGAUUCCACAUCUGUUGAACCAAAGAAAGAACUACCACAAACUAAACAUCUUCAGUUAACUCAGUCUGUAUGUGUUCUACCAAAAGAAGACAUAUUAAUAGUGACCAAACCUGACCAGCAGGUAGCAUUGCAGAAACAAGAAAAGGCUGGAAAAUAUGCAGCCAUGUCAGAGGAGAGACAGGAGAUCAUGGCAGAUUAUCACAAAGACCUGGAUGUGUCGGUGUCAGGGGUUCGUUCACAGCUGCGAACUGAGCCUCAGCCUCUGAACAUCUUGACAGUGUCUUCACAUCCAAUGCUGCUCCCAAAAGAGACACCGUUUAGCGUAGAUGUGCAGCAACGUCGUGCGUAUGUCCAGAAAGAAGAUUAUUGGAACAUCAUGCACCCACUGAACGUCACUGACAUUCACAUUCUGGAGGAGGGCCACACAAAGAGCCUUGAAUCUGACAAGAAAUUCAAGCCGGAGAUGAAAAUCGAGCCAAAGAUUCCCAAAAAACCAGUGUCUAUAGAGGAGAAGGCUGUUGCCACAGAGACUUGUACAGUAUUAGAAGCUGCUGAACAGGACUUUGCAAUCGAGAUCCAGGAGGGUCAGUCAGUUCGGCAGUCGGUGCUGCUGGAAGAAAAGCAGGUCAUCCUGGGAGAACAGUCGAGCGACAUACAAAAGCCUGAGGGCUUGAGUGUCAGCACUGUGACUCAACCAAAAGGAGUCAUAUUUGUCCACGAGGCUCAAGAUUCACUGACUCUACCAAAAGAACUGAACUUUGUCAUCCAGAUCCCGAAACCAUCAAGUGUGAACAUGCGACGUCAGCUCAAAGAGGCUCUACAGUCAGCUGUAGCUCAGGACCAGCCAGUGUUACUCGCAGACGUCAUAGGAAAGCUUGCGGCAGUGGAAGUGCAUGAGGUGAAAGUUCAAAGACAGCCCAGAAAAUCCUUGUAUACAUAUCUAAUCACAACACCAGGAAAUCCAAUCGAGAUUACACUGUCAUUUGAUGGUGAAUACCCUCAGAAAGCUGAACUCCGGUCUGAACUUCAGGUAGCUCUUCAUGCUUUAGUUUCUCAAGAUCAGCAGAGUCUGACAUCAGAGAAACCAGGUGUCAUGCAGAUCGACAGACCUCAGAGAGCUCUGUUCAGCUCCACUCGAGCCACACAAGUUUUAUCAUCUGUGGUAGAUAUGGUGACGGUGGCUGAGAGCACUCAAGGUUUACCUUCUGCUGCUAAACAAACUGCAAACCUCAAAACUGAGGCUGCAGCUUCAUUUCAAAGUGCAGCCAUUCGAAGUCAGUCAGAAAUCCGUGAGCUCCGGACGACCAUCAGCUCAGAGGUGGACAUCUUCAUCCACAGAGAGUCCAGAGAGGAGUAUCUGUCAGAGGCCAUAAUGAUCAGUGAGUCCUCGGACAGUCUCGUAGAUUACCCCGUUGUCGUUGACCCUCUGCGAGAUAUCUGCACUGAGGAAAACACUACGGCUGCUUUGAAAGCCACCAUCAAACAUGUCACAAAGGUAAACUGGUUUUUCAAUGGACAAAUGAUCACAUCUGGUAAACAGUUCAGCUGUUCCAAAGACCAGGACACAUACACUCUGGUCAUCACCAAAGUCCAGAGGCACAAGCAUCAAGGAGAGUUUGUCUGUGAGGCUGAGAACGAGGCUGGAAAAACCACGACGUCUGCAAGGCUCUCUGUGACCUCAAGAGUGAAGCCUGUGUUCAGGCAUAGGAUUGUUCCUCUGGAGAUCAACAUUGGCAGCCCCGCCAAGUUUGAAUGUGAGACCGAAGAAGCUCCCAAUGUGAGCUUCAAGUGGUUCAAGGAUGGACAGCCCCUCAAAGAUGGGGACAAGUACAGGAUUAUCAGUCGCUUCAGCACCUCCUACUUGGAGCUGCUGAGUCCCAAAAAGGACGACAGCGGUGAAUACACCUGUAAGGCGUCCAAUCAGCAUGGAAGUGAUGAAUGCUCUGCGUCCCUCCACGUCACAGAGCCACCAGUCUUUGUAAAGCGAAUGGAAGCAUCCACUGUCUGGAAACAGGGCAGUGCUGCUCGACUGCAGUGCUCCGUCAAAGGAUCCCCAGAACUUCACACCACCUGGUUUUACAAUAACAGCGAGCUGUCUGCAGGCGGCAGAUACAGCAUCAAUCUGAAGGAGGGCGUGGCCACUCUGGAGCUCCAGGACGUGGUUAUGAGCGAUAGUGGAAACUACACCUGUGAGGUUCUCAAUCAGUCUGGCUGUGAAAGCUGCAGCACCAAAGUAACCGUCAAAGAAGCGCCGACGUUCAGGAGGGAGUUACAGCCAGUGGAGGCGGUUCGAGGCUCUGUGGCCCUGUUGGAAUGUGAGGUUUCAGGCUCAGGUCCAUUCGACGUGGCCUGGAAAAAGAAUAAGAAAUGCCUGUCCUCAGAUCAGAAAUACCGGAUCGUGUCUCAGGGUUUCCUCACCUCCCUGGAAAUCCACACAUUUGAGGGCGCCGACGUUGGUGAAUAUGAAUGCGUGGUAUCGAACGAGGUGGGGUCAAUAACCUCCAAGUCUGUGGUUAAACAGAAAGAGCCGCCCAUGUUCUCAAAGAGGGUUGAAAGUGCAACCGCAGUAUCUGGAAACACGGUCAAACUCCAGGGAGUCUUAAAGGGCUCGAGUCCCAUCAGCAUCAAAUGGAUGAAAGACUCAGAGCUGCUUAGAGAUGACGAUUCCAAAGUCAGAAUGACGUUCGACAACAACAUCGCCAGCAUUUCCUUCUCAUCUGUCGAGAUAAAACAUGGCGGGAAGUACACCUGCCUUGCCGAAAAUGAGGCCGGACAGCAGAGAUGCGAUGCUGUCUUGACUAUUCAAGAACCUGCUCGUAUUUUAGAGAAAGCAGCGUCCAUCAGUGUGACGGCUGGAGACUCAACUUCUCUGCAGUGUACGAUCAGCGGGAGCCCAGAGCUCAAAGUCAAAUGGCUUAAAGAUGGAAAAGAGAUGAUCAGUGGUCGUAAAUACAGGAUGAUGGUGAAGGACAACACGGCCGUCCUAAAGAUCCUAUCGGCAGAUAAAGGAGACACUUCAGAGUACACAAUGGAAGUGUCCAACAAAGUCGGAAAAGACCAGUGCAGCUGCUCUGUCACCGUCUGCGAUCGUGCAGUUCCUCCUUCGUUCACCAAAACUCUAAAGAAUGUGGAUGGACGUGUUGAUAGUGAUGUGACUCUGGAGUGCAGAGUGGCUGGAUCUCAGCCCAUGGUUAUUUCAUGGUUCAAAGACGAUAAACAAAUUCACAGUGACCACAAAUAUGGUCUGGAUUUCAAUGAAAACACAGCGUCUGUGGUAAUAACAGGUCUGGAACAGAGCGAUGGUGGAGUUUAUACAUGCAGAGCCUCAAAUGACGCUGGAGAUAAAGAGACCAGCGGUACUUUGUAUGUCAAAGAACCUCCAGUCUUCACAUUGACACCUGAGUCUCAGAAUGUGGCUCCAGGAUCCAACGUGGUCUUAAAGUCCACCUUCAUGGGAUCGGCUCCUCUGGUGGUCAAAUGGUUCAGAGAGGAGAAAGAGAUUUUCACUGGAGGAAAGUGUUUCAUAAAGAAAGAUUCCUCUUCAAGCUCUUUGGAGCUUCACUCUGUCAAACCCAGUGACUCGGCUAAAUACACCUGCCAGGUGUCAAAUGAUGCCGGGAAGGUAGACUGCACCGCAGUCCUCUUUAUCAAAGAAGCUCCAACCUUUACAAUGAAGCUUGAGGCUUCACAGCUGCUGAAAAGUGGGCAGUCUCUGAAACUGUCUUGUAAAGUCCAUGGAACGCCUGUGAUUAAUGUCACAUGGUUCAAAAACGGCUGUGAAAUCAGUUCUGACCACAGACGCACUGUCAGCUUCGACGGCUCCAUAACCUCCAUGGAGAUAGAAAACUCUUGUGUAGAUGAUAGUGGAGAUUAUAUUUGUGUGGCAUCGAGUGAAGCCGGCAGAGAUGAAAGCAGCUGCUCAGUAACUGUUAAAGAGCCUCCAGUGUUUGUGAGGUCUUUCGAUUCGUCUGAACUUGUAAAAGGAUCUGACAUAUUGUUGGAAGGAACAGUUUCAGGUUCUGCUCCUUUUGAAGUAAGCUGCUUCCACAAUGAGAAGCUGAUCCGAAAUGACAAAAGGCAUAAAGUCAGUGUUGACAACAACAUUGUGACUCUUCACAUCUCAAACUGUGAGAGUUCAGACGCUGGGUCGUACCGGUGUUCAGUAACCAAUGAUGUGGGAGAAGCAACCUGUUCAUGUCAGAUUUCAUUCAAAGAGCCUCCAUCGUUUGUUCAGAGGUUGGACGAUAUGUCCUGCAUGGUGGGCUCUGAGGUCUAUAUGAAGUGCAUGUUGUCUGGAUCUCUGCCCAUGACUUUCUCCUGGAUGAAAGACGAUCAUGAGCUCACAGAGGACGAGCACUUUAAGAUGUCCAGUGAAAACAAAUGUGCCAUGUUGAAUGUGAGAAAAGCUCAGUUAUCGCACGGCGGCAGAUAUGUGUGUUUGGCUCAGAACCGAGCCGGGACUCAGACGAGUGCCGCGAUGCUUGUGGUCACAGAACCAGCAGGUAUUUCCGAACACACACAGUCCAUCAGUGUAACCGAAGGCGACCCGGCAACACUCGAAUGCAGGUUCUCAGGCUCCAAACCGCUGAAAUCCAGAUGGAUGAAGGCAGGAGAGGAGCUCAGAUCAGGGCAGAAAUACUUAGUCCAGAGAUCAGACAUCAGCUGCAUCCUGACCAUCCUGAAAACUCAGAGCAGAGACAGUGGCCAGUACAGCUGUGAGGUUUCCAAUGAGGCUGGUAGAGGCUCAUGUGAGGCCACCGUUACUGUUUUAGACCAGAUUCUUAAACCGUCUUUCACAAGAACACUAAAGAAAACUGAAGGUAUUGUGGGGUCGUUGGUUCGUCUGGAGUGUCUUGUAUCUGGCUCUCUGCCCAUGAAUGUACACUGGUUCAAAGAUGACAAAGAAAUCCACACUGGUGACAAAUACAAAGGCAUGUUCUCAGAAAACAUUGCUUCUCUCGAAGUUGCUUGUCUUGACAGUAAAGACAGCGGCAGCUACACCUGCUUGGCUGAAAACAAAGCUGGGAUGACACGGAGCUCGGCUCUUCUGUUUGUUAAAGAACCUCCAUGUGUUCUGGAAAAGCCCGAGUCCAUGAAUGUAUUACCAGGCUCAAAUGUGCAGUUUAAGGUGGUGGUCUCAGGAAGUCCACCUCUGACCAUGAAAUGGUUUAAAAACAGGAAGGAGGUUUUAUCGAGUGCUGACUGCUCUAUGAUCAAAGACAACACCUCCAGCCUUCUGCAGUUCUUCUCUGCAAAAACCUCAGACUCUGGAAGAUACAUCUGUGAAAUCCACAACGAUGUGGGCUCCACUUCCUGUCAGACAACACUGUUGGUCAAAGAGCCACCGUUCUUUGUUGAGAAACCUGAAGGCGUGUCGGUGGUGAAAGCAGGAGACAAUUUGGUGUUUGAGUGUCAGGUUUCGGGUUCUCCAGAGAUCUCUGUUCGCUGGUUCAGAGAUGGAGUCGAGGUCCAGCAAAGUGUCAAACACAUGAUGUCAUUUUGCAGCUCGGUCGCCACUUUACAAAUAUCUAAUGUUACUGAGAAUGACAGCGGGAAGUAUUUCUGCGAAGCCUGUAAUGAUGCUGGCACCGAGAGCUGCACUGCAGAGCUAGUGGUCAAAGGGUCUUUGCCUCUUUCUGUUCAAUGGCAAAAAGAUGAGAAUUUGAUCUCAGAUGAUUCUGAAAUGGAGAGAGCAUUUCACAACAAAGUGGCGUCUCUCAGGAUCCCAGUGUGUGAGGCGGUUCACAGUGGGAAUUACACCUGCCUGGUGGUCAACGAGGCUGGGCAGGACAAAUGCUUUGCCACUCUUGUAGUGAAAGAACCUCCUACGAUCCAAGAGAAACCAGAGGUAGUCAGGGUGACUCGAGGGGACCCAGUUUGUCUGGAGUGCAGAGUUGCUGGGUCUCCUCAGAUCAGUGUUGGAUGGAGUAAAGAUGGUAAAGAGUUGCAGUCGAGUAGAAAGUAUCAGCUGUUGUAUGAACAGAACUGCAGCAGACUGAACAUUAAGUCGACUGAAGCAGACGAUGCAGGAGAGUACGAGUUCAGAGCAUCGAACUCCAUUGGAACCUGCACCUGUAAAAUCACUCUGAUGGUUUUAGAGGAGAUUCUUCCUCCAACGUUCAUUAAAAAGUUAAAGAAUAUUCAAGCAGUGAUGGAUUCAGUGGUGACCAUUGAAGGUAAAGUGUCUGGUUCGUUACCAAUGUCAGUCGAAUGGAGCAAAGGAAGACAAAAGAUCAGUGAAGGCUUCAAGUACAAACUUCUCCAGCUUGAAAAUACUGUGUCCCUGGAAUUAAAGCUGAGUGAGAGCUCUGAUACAGGAGAAUAUUCCUGUAAAGUCUGGAACUCAGCAGGCAGCUGUGUGAGCAGUGCAGUCCUGACUGCAAAAGUUCCUCCCAGAUUGACAGAGGAGCCUCAGACCCAGGCUGUCCUUCCAAACUCCACCGCCGUCUUCAGGAGUUCAUUUGAAGGAACGCCUCCGAUCACGGUCAAAUGGUUCAGAGAUGACGUGGAGUUGGUUGGUGGUCCAUCGUAUUCCAUCCGACUGGAGGAACAGUCCUCCUCCAUCCACAUUCACCGUGUCACUGCUUUGAAUACCGGCGUUUAUUCAUGUCGAGUUACAAACGAGGCAGGCCAUGUUAAUGCUGCUGCUGAGCUGUUGGUGAAAGAACCUCCUCAUUUUAUCCAGAAACUGCCUCCAACUACAUUUGUGAAGCAGCGUGAGGCACACCGCUUUGAAUGCAAGGCCACCAGUUCACGCUCCCUGACAAUGAGCUGGUACAAAAAUGACCAAAAGAUAACGGACGGAGGCAACUAUAAGACUAUGUUUGUGGAUUCGACCGCUUACCUGCAGCUGCGCACCACCACCUUCCAAGAUAACGGCGUCUACACUUGUGAGGCUCACAAUGAUGCUGGCAGCAUCAGCUGCAGCACCGUCCUCACAGUCCAAGAGUCUCCGUCCUUCACUAAAACUCCAGCCCCAGUUGAAGCUGCAAUAGGUAAAGAGGCCAGUCUUCACUGGGAGAUGUACGGCACGCCGCCGUUCCAGGUCAGUUAUUACAAAGACAAACGACCUCUGAAGGAGAGCAGGAAGUAUAAGAUGGUCAAUGAAGGCAGCGCCACCACGCUCCACAUUAUCAAACUGGAGCAAAGCGACGCCGGUGUUUACGAGUGCAGAGUUUCAAACUGUGUAGGCACCGAGUCCAGCCGUGGAACCGUUACUCUGAAAGAACCUCCCACAUUUGUGAAGAAACUGUCUGAUCAAUCAGUCCGAGCCGGGCAGCAACUGACGCUGACGGCCACAGUCCGAGGCUCCGAGCCUCUGACGGUGUCCUGGAUCCAGGACAAGGACCACGUCCUAAGGGACGGAGACAACAGGAGGGUCACGUUUGACAACAACGUGGUCACCCUGGUGGUUCCUAAAGCUGACGCAACCACAGCGGGUAAAUACACCUGCCAACUGAGGAAUGACUCAGGAGUGGUCGAGUCCGUCUCACAAGUGACUGUUCUAGAACCGGCUGCGAUUGUUGAUAGUCCAGAGUCUGUCAACGUGAAGUCAGGAGAAAACGUAGCUCUCGAGGUCAGAGUCUCUGGAAGUCCAGAGCUGAAAACUAAAUGGUACAAAGAUAACAAGGAGCUUUCAGUUGGAGCCAAGUAUCAGAUGUCUUUCACCAAGAAGGUGGCCAUCCUAAAGAUCCGGUCCGCAGACAAAACAGAUGCUGGAGAAUAUAAACUGGACGUGUCCAACAAUGUUGGCACAGCCUCAUGCAGAACCAAACUGUCUGUCUCAGAUAAGGUGAUUCCUCCGAGUUUCAUAAGGAAGCUGAGAGACACCCAUCUGGUUGUGGGUAGACCUGGUGAGAUGGAGUGCAAAGUAGCUGGUUCUGCUCCUUUAACAACUUCCUGGUUCCACAAUGGGCAGGAAAUCAAGAGUGGACCCAACUGUGAAAUCAGCUGCAGCGAUAACAACUGCAGACUGAGUUUCCCCUCCAUUGGCUUGUACGAUUCUGGCAAAUACACAUGUAAGGCUGUGAAUGCAGCCGGAUCCAGUGACACUAGUGCUUCAAUGAGCGUUACAGAACCUCCAUCUUUUGCGGAAACACCUGAGAAAAUGGAAACGUUGCCCGGCAAAAAUGUGUCUUUCACAGCUAAAGUGCGAGGCAGUCCUCCUCUGAAAGUAAAAUGGUUCAGAGGAGCUAAAGAGAUGCAGCAUGGACGAGGCUGCGACAUCUCCCUGAAGAACGACGUGGCCUCGCUGAUGCUGAAGGCGGUGGACAAAUCCCAUGCAGGAGAGUAUACCUGCCAGGUCAUCAAUGAGGCUGGGAAGGAGAGCUGCCCCGUUUACCUGUUUGUCAAAGGUGUGUUCGAACAAUAA